CCUAAAUUCCCACUAACUCUAGAUUUUUUCUUCAGUCUUUAAUGGCUGCCUGUCAUGCACUUAAUUAGUUUAUCAAUCCCAAUACACAUUUCUGUGUUUUAUGUAUGUGGGUAUCUCUUUAUUUUCUAGGUGAAUGUUCUAAUGAUGGAAAAGAUCUGGGUUUUGGAUUUUGUUUCUUUUACCUCUACUUGAUUUUAUGCUACAAAUUCUUGGCAUAUAUACAAUUAUAUUAUGUAUCAAUAUGUUUGAUGUAAUGAUAUGCACAAAAAUCUUGUUCAUGCAGUCUUAAGCACAGUUUUAUCAAGUUUAGUUGGUCUGUGGUGAAUCUUUGUUACAAGGCUUCAAUAUAUUGAUUUGGGUGUUUUCAGUUAUGCAGAAGAGGUUAGAGUUGUUAUGUUGUUUUCUGUAAUUUGGCAAGUAUUGAUGGGUAUUUGACACUUCAGUUUGAGGUUUUUAUCCUUUCAAGGAAAAGCGACAAAUUCGUUUUAAGGAAAGGGAUGAAAAAUGGAUGGUUUGGUCGUGUUGGAAAAUGAUGUUUUGACUUGUGUAAGAGAGGUGCUAAACUUCUGGCCUUUUGCUUGUGUGAAUUGUGUUUGAUGUACUUGAAGGCAAGACUGAUUAUGUUGUAAGAUUCUGAGACAGCCCUUGGAGCAAUUCUGGUAUUUUGCAAUAGAAGUUUAUUCGCUCCUAAGCUCGAUUCAUUAGGUGUUACAUUAGGGUCUUGUUAAGAUAAGACAGGCUCAUAUUAGCAUUAGAUAAAGUUGCAUUUGUCACAAAGAAUGUGGAGAAUUUGCGGAUUGCUUUGGGGAUUAUGGCUGUAAAGCAAAAAGGGGAAAGUUUUGAUUCCUUACCACCCACAAUAAGCUACAGUUUCUUGAGAUUUACUUCAUGGUAAAACUUGCAAGUUGCAAAUUGGAAUUUUUGAUUUGCUUGGAAGUAGAAUUUUCUGCGGUUUGUUCUUGACAAUCCUUUUAACUUCAAGGACUCCAAUUUUGCAGGUGAUACCGACUGUAUUCCAAAAGAUAGUUAGAUUUUAAAGGUGUUAAGCAAUAAAGUCACCUGCUAGCUAUGGGGAAACGACGACAAAGAAAGUCUUUGCAAAUGGAAAAAGAUGAAGCAGGAUGUAUGCGGGGUUUAAUCAGAAUGUUUGACAUUCGUGAUGGUAGAUCUACAAGAAAGUUUCUCACAGAUAGGAAGCGUGGAAGCCGGAAUCCUGCUGGUACUGAUACUAAACUGAAGAUGCUAACCUACAAAGACGACAAAGACCCAGCCUCAGAGGAUUUUGAAGAAACGAAAACUGAUGAUAUAAAUACUAGCGUAAAGAAACUCAUUGAAGGAGGGAUGUUUGAUGCAAAAGGUUUGAAGAAGAAUAUAAACAUUGCUGGUGCUCAACUACAUGAGUUAAAUUCAGAAAACGGCGGGCAUCUUAGCGAUAAACCUAAACAUCCAAAGAGGAAUCAUACUAAAUCUUGUGAUAUGCACGCCAAUGAUUUGGAUGUAGCUGCGCGUUCUUCUCAUCAACUUUCAAACCAAGAAAAGCCAUAUAAUCAUGAUCUGGAAGUUAUGUUAGAGGAGCUUUUCCAGUUAAAUCAGAAAGGCAGUUCUUGCGAGCAUGAUUGGCAUGACAGCAGGUCAAAUCAGGUGUACUCUCUUGCUCAGGAAGAUAUAGGUGCUGCAUUUAAGGUGUUAAUUAGUCAGAGGUUUGGUGAUAAUGGUCAUCUUGGAGGAGAUUGUAAUAUCCUCCAUUUCAAAGAAUUUAUUGAUGCACUUGAAAUUUUGGGGGUAAGUAAGGAAUUAUUCUCCGAACAUUUACAUGAUCCAAACUCAAUGCUGGCAAAGUACAUUCAGCGCAUAGAGACUGGUCAUUUGACUACAGACCCGCAUACCAACCCAUUAUUCGAAUCCAGCUUAUUAGAUCAAGAGUCAAAUAAAUCAAGUUUAAAGAAGCUUGUUGACCAAAAGCAUCACAGCUUCUUUAGAAGAAGAAAAAGAAAAGGCAAGUCACAGAAUGAUGAUUCUUCAAAAUACGUUGAUGAAUUUCAACCUUCAAGUAAAAUUGUAAUUCUCAAGCCUGAGUCAACAGCUCUGCAAAACUCUGAUACUAAAAGCCUUGGUACCGCUUCACCAGAAUCUCAGUGGACCGUUGCUGAUAUAACAAAGAAUGAGAGGAAUUAUUCCCAAUUUUCUUUGAGAGAAAUGAAAAAGAAGCUAAAGCAUGUCAUGAGCAUAGAAUGGCAUGGCGUAUCUCGCAGUAGUAAAUCUCACCGUGAGUUUCAAAAUCUGAAGAACCAUGAGAAGGGUGUUGUUGAGGGAAAUAGUGGAUGGAGUUCUCCUAAUAGAAACCAUUUCUUUACUGAAAGAUUUGCAAAAUCUCUUCUUGGCAUGAAAAAGGAUCACAAAUUAAACAGGCCAGGGGAAUCUGAAACAACUGGAGUGAAUGAACAUGAUGGAAAUUCUAAGCAAGCAAUUCCUAAAAUAUACAAUGAAGCCAAGAAGCAUCUUUCAGAGAUGCUAAGCAAUGGGGAUGAGAAGGAAGAUAGAGUGAGGAAGCAGUUGCCUAAAACUUUGGCUAAGAUUCUUUCUCUACCUGAGUACAGCUCUACUCCUAGUUCCAGUCCUGGAAAUAACGGCAAUCACAUUUUUCUAACUCCACAGGUAAAAUUAUUUCCUCCCGGAAAAUCUGACAUUGUCCAAGAAAACAUGCCAUGCAUCCUUCAAGAAAACCAUGUCAGUCAGCAACUUCCACCAAAGCAAUGCUUAGAGAGUGGCUCAUGCAUUUCUGUAGAAGAAACAGAUAAGAAAGUAUUAUCAUGCAUCUUCGAUCCAUAUAUAUUAGGUGAACAAAGUAAUGAAAAAGGAGUUGAAGGAACCAUGUCUUCCACCCAUGAUGAAGAAAUUUGUGAAGAAUUGCCUGAGAUUGUAACAACCGAGUCAUAUUUGUGGGAAGAUAUUGAACUAGAGGAAGACUCUUGCAAAUCAAGUAGCGUACCUCUGAUUAGAGCGAUUGAAAUUCUUGAGGCAGCUGAAAUUUCUGACAAAGAAAAGUCUGCCAGCAUACUGACAUUGAACCCAAUCAGAGAUGAGAUGCUCAUACAUUCUCCACCAGUAUCCCCAACAAGCCCUAUUACAACCGUGGAAAUUGGUAGCUUUGACAAUUGCGUUGAUAGAGCAGACAGACCAAGUCCCAUAUCUAUUCUUGAACCAUUUGAUUCUGACGAUGACAUCAGCCCUGCAAGCAGCAAACUAAUACCCGUUAAAGAAACGAUUGAACCAUUGCACAUCUGUUUUGAUGAAUGGGAUUCUUCUGAUGUGAAUCACACGGUAAGUAUAGGAACUUGCAUGGAAGACGGGGAAUCAGCAUUUGAAUAUGUAGAAGCCGUGUUGCUAGGUUCAGGAUUGAACUGGGAUGAGUAUCUUUUGAGGUGGCUUUUGUCAGACAAAAUUCUUGACCCGUCAUUAUUUGACGAAGUAGAGUUAUUUUCAAGCAGGUCUAAUGACCAGAGGCUCCUCUUUGACUGCACAGACAAAGCCCUGAAGGAGACAUGUGAACGCUAUUUCACCCGCUCAUUUGUCAGACAGGGUAUAUACCCAGUCCCAAACGGGAUGAAGCUUAUCAAUGAGGUUUGGAGAGGAGUUGAAAUGGAAAUUCUGCAGCAUCCAGCUUCACAAUCUCUCGAGCAGCUGGUCAGGAAAGACAUGCCGAAAUUUGAAAAAUGGAUGGACCUCUAUUUCGAAACUGAUCACAUUGUUAUUGAGUUGGAAAAGUUCAUUAUUGACGAAAUGGUGGAAGAACUGAUUCUGUUCUCUGAUGAUCACGCUACAGAGGAUUGGAGUUUGGUGAUUUCACACACAUUGGCCAAAGAUGAAGAGAAUCCUAUCUGUCAGUAAGAUAUCAUCCUUUCAUGAACCUGCUGCUUCUUGAACCAGGUUUCGUGCCCCACAAUAUUGCAUUCCCUUCUGUAUCUUGGUGACAAUUAUACUUAUAGCCCAGAGACAAGUUACCUUAGCCUAAAUCUAAUUCUCACAAAUCUCCUUGAAGAUUUUGACUGUUCUUUUUCCUUGAUUGGUGCGCCCUCAACUUACGAGUGGCAUAUAUAAUCAUGUAGUGGUGUGUUUGGUUUGGUUUGGUUUGGUUUGGUUUGUCUUGGCGUAGACAACUUACCAUACAGUUCUUCUUUGCGAAAGACGUAAUAAGACACGAGUAUCAGUACUUGUGCAAAGGUCAUGACGGGCAAUUUCAACGGUGAUGGAAGUGUUGGUUUGAGAUCAUAUAGCUAGAUUGAUCUAAGUGCUCCAGUUUCAUUUUUUAACUUCACUUUUCUUUAGUUUGAGCUUAGUGAAUGGUGUGAUGAUGAGUGCAUUGUAGCCUUCUGUUCAGGAAGUAUGUAUUUCCUUUAUCGCGUCCCCUUUUAUUUCUUAGUUGAGAAUGUUGUACAUUUUUCAAGAUACUUGUUAGUUGUGAGCAAAAAAAGAACAAAGAUUUCCGGAUAAAUAUUUAGUUCAUGGCAUUCAACUUGA